UUGUUUUGUUCAAUUUAUAUUGAUUACAAGAAUAGAUCGUAUUCAUUAUUUACUUCCAAUUUCAUAUUCACCAUUAAUAGGUUUUGCAUCCAAAUCAAGAAAAGACAAUUUCCGUGGAAAGUUUAUGAGAGGUGUGGAAAAAGCAAGGAUAGAAGAUUAUCCGUAUUUGGUUCAAUUAGUUCAAAAAAAAUCAGAUUCUGAGGGAUUAUAUCGGUGUGCUGGUGUUAUUCUUGAUGAAUCUAUAAUAUUAACUGCCGCUGAGUGCGUAAAGCUAAAAAACGCAAACUUUAUUAUAAAAGUUGGAACAACAGAUGUAAAUGAAGGUGGAUUGCAAAACCAAAUCGAGGGGAUAGUAAGCCAUAAUUUAUACGAUCCUGUUUCAUUGGAUUAUAAUGUCGCAUUAGUGAAGUUGAAAGACGCACUAAAAUAUUCAGAUACAGUUCAACCAAUAGAAUUAGCUGAUGAUGGCUGGGAGUGUAAUAGAACUAAUUAUGGAUCUUAUAGAGGAUCGGUGGUCGGAUGGACUUGGUGGGGUGAUGAUAAACCGUCCAAUGGGCUUUUAAAACGUAGCGAACUUCAAGUUAUUCCUCAAAAGAGAUGUGAAGAUUUUUGGAAGAUUUUUCGUGGUACUCAUCGUAAUAAUAAUAAAAUAUUUUGUGCUUAUAAAGUAGACCAUUGCGGAAUAUGUGGCGGUGAAUUUGGUGGGAUAUUCAUUAUGAACAAAAAAGUGUAUGGCUUUACUUUAGGAGGUCCAAGAAAGUGUGCUGUUAAAAAAUAUUGCGAAUUGGAUAAAGAAAAAUAA